CACAUUCAAAAUGGAUGUUUCAUGGAACUUUGCAGCUCUAGCUCUCAUCCUCCCCAUAGCCCUCUUCCUCAUCCGAACCCAAACCCGAUCCAAACCUGCCUCCUCCAACUGGCCCCCGGGCCCCAAAACCCUCCCCGUCAUCGGAAACAUGCACCUCCUCAGCCCCCUCGCCUUCCGCUCCAUCACUGACCUCGCCAAACAAUACGGCCCCAUCAUGCGCCUCAAGCUAGGCGAGGUCGACACCAUUGUUGUAUCCUCGCGCGAGCUCUCCCGCGAGAUGCUCAAGCAGCACGACCCCUGCUACGCGGACCGCCCCGACUCCAUCGGAAUCAAGGUCCUGUGGUACAACUACCGCGACAUCGCCUUCAGCCCCUACGGCGACUACUGGCGCCAGAUGCGCAAGAUCUGCAUCAUGGAGCUCCUCAGCCCCCGCAGCGUCCGCUCCUUCGCCUCCAUCCGCAGAGACGAGGUCUCUAACUUAAUUUCCUCCAUCCGCGGCCGCGCGGAUGGAGGACAGCCUGUCAACAUCAGCGACAGUAUUUUCUCCAUGAUGAGCUCUGUCACCUGCCGCGCCGCCUUCGGGAAGGUGUCCAAGGACAAGGACACGCUGAUAAAGAUACUGAGAGAUGGGAUCCAGAUGGCGGGAGGGUUUGAGAUUGCGGAUUUUUUUCCCUCGUCGUUUGUCAUCAACACCUUUAGCUGGACUAAGAUCAGGCUGCUGAUGAUGAGGCAUAAACUUGAUGUGAUUCUCGACGAGCUCAUCCGCCAGCACCAGCGCAAUCUGGCGAAGAUCGAGGAGGGGGAGAGAGGGAGGAAGGGCAACGGCGAGUUUGGUAACGAAGAUAUCGUUGAUGUCCUGCUUCGCCUCCAGGAGACUGGAGAGCUCCAGUUUCCUAUCAGGAAAGAGGACAUCAAAGCAGUCGUUUACGACAUGUUUUCUGCUGGAACCGAGACAUCAUCGACAGCGAUGGACUGGGCAAUGGCAGAGCUGAUGAGGAACCCGCACGUGAUGGCGAAGGCGCAAGCAGAAGUGCGCCAAGUGUUCAACGACACCACCAUCGCCACCAUGGGAGACAACGACCCGAAUCUGAAAUAUCUAAAACUGGUGAUCAGGGAAGCACUGAGGAUGCACCCUCCCGUUCCAAUCCUACCACGAGCAUCACGGGAAGAGCGCGUGAUCGACGGUUACACAAUCCCAGCUAACGUGAAGGUCCUUGUCAACAACUGGGGGAUGCAGAGGGAUCCACAGUACUGGACCAACCCGGAAAGUUUCGAGCCAGAGAGGUUCGAGGAGUGCUCGAAGGAGUUCCUAGGAGCCGACUUCGAUUUCCUGCCGUUUGGAGCAGGGAAAAGAAUGUGCCCCGGAAUCACAUUUGCUAUGGCCAGUGUCGAGCUUGUUUUGGCUCAGCUUCUCUAUCAUUUCGACUGGAAACUUCCCAACGGAGCUCAGCCGGAAUCGAUGGACAUGAUCGAGAAUCCGGGAGUCACUGCUUCGAGAAGGGACAGUCUCAAUGCCAUUCCCACACCUUACAGCAAGUCGGCCUAAUCUGAAACAUCAAAUUUUCUAUUUGUAUUAAGUGUUUUGUAACGGUUUUUGUUGAAGUUUGAAGGUUGAUCAAGAAAUGGGAGACGUUUGUAAAGUGUUUCUGUGACCACAAGUAAUAAACUAAUGAUUUAUGUGUUCUUGAUGA